AUGCAUUUCUUAAUCUCUCUAUUCAGGAGGCUUCAAAUAGCUCUGUCCACAUUUAUUUCUCAGCCGAAAGCCGAAACUGACACCUCGAACCAACAACAACGUUCAACUUUUGACACCUCGACGCGCUCAGCACAUGAAGAUAUCUUUGGUGCCGAUGGAUCACCUAUCUUUGGGGAGUUUAUUGGAGGCGGGAUUACUGGUUCGGUAUUUAAGAUUUCAAAUGACACGGUUUUGAAAGUCCCUCGUUUACGCACCCACCUCGUGGACAAGAACCUAGAAACACAAGUCCCAUGCGAAAAUACCAACAAGGCGGUUCUUGAGUCUCUGAGAAGAGAAAAACAGGUCUACGAACAUCUGGGACGAGUCGAAGGCAUACUACCUGCUUGGCCGACGGAUGCUGGUAUCGAGAUGCCAUACAUGUCAGGCGGUACUGCUCAGGACUACUUCAACACACACGAGAUUGAUCUCGACACACGCCUUCGAUGGAUUAAGAUGGUCACUGAUGUAGUUCGCCGGGUACAUGAGAAACAUGUUCUUAUCAACGACUUCCAUCUUGGCAAUUUUCUCCUCGAUGAUGACCUUUCAUUGAUGAUGGUUGAUUUUGGGAAUUCGACUAUAGUUCCUGACGAUGUGAAGUUUGGAGAGUAUGUGCAUUACGCCUCUUCAGAGAAAUCUGAUAUCGCUGCUGUUGGGUCCCUGAUUUAUGAGAUUAUGACUGGGAAAGGUUACAUGGUAUUUGUGAACUUGAAAGCGCCCUUUGACAUUGCCGAGAGGACCCCAAGAGGUAAUGGUAAUGGUGUCGAUAUGUGGUUUCCCUAUUGGCCGCCCAAGGAAGAAUUAGCAGACACAACAGGUAUCUUAUUGGGUGAUAUCAUUCUUCGGUGUUGGCUCAAGGAUGGGUUUCAGACUAUGGAUCAGGUCUGUGGGGCAAUAUCCCAAGCGCUCGAUUAG